AUUUGUUCUAGGGCGGAAGUGGAGGAAGAUACUCGAGACCACGGGGACCGCUGAACAAAUUUUGGGAAUAUAUUGGUGUAGGGACGUGGAUUUCCAUCAGCCAAGAUGUCUCGGGGUUCAAUUGAAAUUCCCUUACGGGACACCGACGAGGUUAUUGAGCUUGAUUUCGACCAGCUGCCAGAAGGAGAUGAGGUCAUCAGUAUCCUGAAACAGGAACAUACACAGUUGCACAUAUGGAUUGCUCUUGCUCUGGAGUAUUACAAACAGACGAAGACGGAGGACUUUGUCAAGCUGCUGGAAGCGGCCCGUAUCGAUGGAAACCUGGACUACAGAGACCAUGAGAAGGACCAGAUGACCUGUCUGGACACCCUGGCUGCCUACUAUGUCCAGCAGGCACGUAAAGAGAAGAACAAAGAUGCUAAGAAGGAGCUCAUCACUCAGGCCACACUGCUCUACACCAUGGCAGACAAGAUCAUCAUGUACGACCAGAACCACUUGUUGGGAAGAGCCUGUUUCUGCCUUCUGGAGGGGGACAAAAUGGACCAGGCUGACGCUCAGUUCCACUUUGUCUUGAACCAGUCUACCAAUAACAUCCCUGCUCUACUUGGUAAAGCUUGCAUCUCCUUCAAUAAGAAGGAUUACAGGGGAGCACUGGCCUACUACAAGAAGGCUCUACGCACAAACCCUGGAUGUCCUGCCGAGGUGAGGCUGGGUAUGGGCCACUGCUUUGUCAAGCUCAGUAAGCUGGAGAAGGCCCGUCUGGCCUUUGGCCGGGCCCUGGAGCUCAACUCCAAGUGUGUGGGAGCCCUUGUGGGCUUGGCUGUGCUGGAGCUCAACAGCAAGGAGCCCGACUCCAUCAAGAACGGAGUGCAGCUCCUCUCCAGAGCCUACACCAUCGACCCCAGCAACCCCAUGGUGCUCAACCACCUGGCUAACCACUUCUUCUUCAAAAAGGACUACAGUAAAGUGCAGCACCUGGCUCUCCAUGCCUUUCACAACACAGAGGUGGAAGCGAUGCAGGCUGAGAGCUGCUACCAGUUGGCCCGCUCCUUUCAUGUACAGGAGGACUACGACCAGGCCUUCCAGUACUACUACCAGGCCACCCAAUUUGCCUCGUCUACCUUUGUGCUGCCUUUCUUUGGCCUGGGGCAGAUGUACGUGUACCGUAGAGACAAGGAGAAUGCCGCCCAGUGCUUUGAAAAGGUCCUAAAGGCCUACCCCAACAACUAUGAAACCAUGAAGAUCCUGGGCUCUCUCUAUGCUACUUCAGAUGACCAGGAAAAGAGAGACAUUGCCAAAGGUCAUCUGAAGAAGGUGACUGAGCAGUACCCUGAUGACGUGGAGGCCUGGAUCGAGCUGGCCCAGAUCCUGGAGCAGACCGACAUCCAGGGCGCCCUCUCUGCCUACGGCACGGCCACCCGCAUCCUGCAGGAGAAGGUCCAGGCCGACGUUCCCCCUGAGAUCCUCAACAACCUGGGGGCUCUCCACUUCAGACUGGGCAACCUGGGAGAGGCCAAGAAAUACUUCCUGGCCUCUUUGGAGCGGGCCAAAGCUGAGGGCGAGCAUGACGAGCAUUACUACAACGCCAUCUCUGUCACCACCUCUUACAACCUAGCCAGGCUCUACGAGGCCAUGUGCGAAUUCCACGAGGCGGAGAAACUCUACAAGAACAUCCUGAGAGAACAUCCCAACUACGUCGACUGUUACCUACGUCUUGGAGCAAUGGCUCGUGACAAAGGAAACUUCUAUGAAGCUUCCGACUGGUUCAAAGAGGCUCUGCAGAUCAAUCAGGAUCACCCAGACGCCUGGUCCCUGAUCGGGAAUCUCCACUUGGCCAAGCAGGAGUGGGGUCCGGGUCAGAAGAAGUUUGAGCGUAUCCUCAAGCAGCCGUCCACUCAGAACGACACCUACUCCAUGCUGGCCCUGGGCAACGUGUGGCUACAGACCCUGCACCAGCCCACCAGGGACCGGGAGAAGGAAAAGAGACAUCAGGAUCGAGCCCUGGCCAUUUACAAACAGGUCCUACGAAACGACUCCAAGAACCUUUACGCUGCCAACGGCAUAGGUGCCGUCCUGGCCCAUAAGGGCUACUACCGUGAGGCCCGUGACGUGUUUGCCCAGGUAAGAGAGGCCACGGCUGAUAUCAGCGACGUCUGGCUCAACCUGGCCCACAUCUACGUGGAGCAGAAACAGUACAUCAGCGCUGUGCAGAUGUACGAGAACUGUCUGAAGAAAUUCUACAAGCAUCAGAACACGGAGGUGCUGCUGUACCUUGCUCGGGCACUCUUCAAAUGCGGGAAACUCCAGGAGUGCAAACAGACUCUGCUGAAGGCGCGUCACGUGGCCCCCAGUGACACGGUGCUGAUGUUCAACGUGGCCCUGGUGCUGCAGAGGCUGGCCACUCUGGUGCUGAAGGACGAGAAGAGUAACCUAAAGGCUGUACUCAGUGCUGUCAAAGAGCUGGAGCUGGCCCACCGGUAUUUCAGCUACCUUGCCAAGGCAGGAGACAAGAUGAGGUUCGACCUAGUGCUUGCCUCCACUGAGGCCAGGCAAUGCUCUGACCUGCUGAGUCAGGCCCAGUACCACGUGGCUCGGGCCAGGAAGCAGGACGAGGAGGAGAAGGAGAUCCGGGCCAAGCAGGAUCAGGAGAGGGACUUCCUGCGCCAACAGAUGCAUAAAGAACAGGAGGAGAAGAGAACCAAGCAGGAAGAGGAUCAGAAGAAGCUGCUGGAGCAGAGAGCCAUGUACGUGGAGAAGACCAAGGGUCUGCUCUCCUUCGCCGAUGGAAUGAAGGAGGAAAGGAAAGAGAAGAGGAAAGGUGGCGGCCGACGCAAGAAAGGGGGUGACUUUGAUGAGUUUGUCAACGAUGGCUCUGAUGAGGACCUGCCAGUGAGGAGGAGGAAGAAGAGGAAGGGUGGCAGCGGGAGUGAGGAGGAGGGCCGCAAGAAGAGGAGGAGACCCACCAAAGGGGGUGACGAUGGCAGUGAUGACGAGGAGGGAGGCUCACGGCCCAAAAAGCAACGCAAACCCAGAGCGGGCGGCAAGAAGUUCCAGAAGGCUGAGCCUGUGCCACCGUCUCUCAAAGGCAAGAUCAAGUCGAAGGCCAUCAUCUCGUCCUCCGACUCUUCAUCAGACGAGGAUGGACUGAAAAUUGCUGAAGACCGAAACCCCAGAGACAGUGGUUCAGGCUCUGAUAAUGAGGGCGGCCACAAGAAGCGCAUCGCCUCCGACAGUGAGUCUGACGGGGGCAGGAACCGCUCUGGCAGCGAAGCUGGAAGCCCCCAACGCUCCGGAAACUCAGGUAGCGACUCAGGCAGCGACCGUCCAGUGAAGAGGAAGAGAGUGCAGCAGCAGUCUGACUCAGAGCAGUCUGAUAAUGAGAGCAAGAGGAGCCGCUCUGGGUCGGACAACGAGUCCCGACCAGGCUCACCGGCCGCAGCCUCUGGCUCUGAAGCAGGCUCUCCGGCGGGCUCUCCGGCAGGCUCCCCACACCGCUCCGACAACGGAUCAGAACCAGAGGGCUCUGCCGACAAGGCCUCAAACCACGGCUCUGGCUCUGACAGCGACUGAAGCUUCAAUCUCAGAACUGAAUUUUUUCCUACUGAAAAAAAAAGAGGUUAUUUUGACAUUAAUUUUUGUAGAGGCUUUUUUGUUCCGUCUUGGUUUGUACCCUGAAAUUGAAAUGAGCACAUGCUGUGUAGCUUUGUAGCCCAUAAUGUGGGUUGUCUUUACUAGUUUUUGGUCACCAGACUGUGAAGACUUUUACAUUGAUGCUGUACCUCAUGUCCUUUUGUUUUGUUGAUGAUGGAUGGAAAAUGUGACUUGUAAGUAGUCUGACAGCUGUAACCCAUAUAUUUUGUAUCUUAAAAUGAUUGGAAGAGGUGACGUCAUGGAAUAUUAGUAAAUCGGCCCAGAGAUGGGAAAAAUUAUAUGUAGAUAAUAAACAAACACAAAAUAAA